AUGACUCCGGGGCCAAUUCGGGUGACGUAUCGCCGUGUGGCGGAGAUCCGCCAAGUUGAACUCCAGCAUUUGGUUGCCCAAGUGAAGACCAAUUUCAACCUGCUGUUCGAAUUGGCAACAACAAGGGUGCAUUACAAAUGUAAAGUGAAUGGAUGUACUGAGGAUGUGCGAGUUACACUAGAUACAGUCUCAUCUGCUGUAUACUUGAAAUGGAUUUGUAGCAAUAAGCACAUUGCACACAAAUGGCGUUCCCAGUCUCUCCUCAACCGGGGUCUCCACAGUGGGGAUGCUCGUAUUUCAGCUAGUCUGGUUGCCACUGGAAACAACUUUCAAAAGCUUGCAUUGUUUGCAAGUUUUUGGAAAUUGCCUUUCCUGUCAUCAUCUUCAUUUUGGAAAAUUCAGCGAACUUAUGUAGUGCCCAGCAUUGUUGAAAUAUGGGAAAGUCAUCAAAAUGAGGUUUUGGAUGAAUUUCGAGGAAAAGAUCUUGUUCUUUAUGGGGAUGGGCGUAUGGACAGCCCUGAACAUUGUACACAGUACUGCACCUAUACACCUAUGAAGCACGAUACCCAUAAAAUACUGUGCAUCAUAACAUUGGACAAACGGAUGACUGGAGGAAAAAGCGCAGUGCUGGAGAAGGCAUGUUUUCAGAAAGCGCUCCAGUUCCUCCUUCAUCAUAACAUUAAAAUUGUGGAAAUUGUCACAGAUGCUCAUGUGCAAAUAGAAGCUCUAAUGAGAAAGGACUAUCCCCAAAUCAAACACUCGUUUGAUAUAUGGCAUGGUUCAAAGGAUCUUGGGAAAAAAUAACUCAGGCUGAACAGGAGAAAACGAAGAAACCAUUGCUGUCGUGGGCUCGAGAGGUCGUCAACCACUUUUGGUUCUGCUCUGCUACA